AUGAGUCACCAUGCUGACCAUCUAGUGGGACGUAUUGGAACUAGCCAAGAGGUCAUAAAAGGGCUCGACAGCAGACAGAUGAUCUUAGACCUGCCCACACCACCAGAGAAGCAACAUGCUCACCUGAGACAAAUCCGCCCACUCCCCCCUUCCCUAUGUGCCCUCACAGUAGCCCAGAACACCAUUACUUACAUUGUACCAGAGACCUGCAGGGCCAUUGUUACUGCCUACAGAGAUGAGGAACUGGAGGUGCCACAAACACCUGCAGCUUGGCAGGAGGUUGCCAGGGGGUUUGAGGAAUGGUGGAACUUCCCCCAUGUAACUGGAGCUAAAGAUGGCAAACACAUCAGGCUCUGUAACCCUUCCCAAGGCGGUAUGCAUUACUUCAACUACAAGAAGUUCUACUACAUGAUAUUACUUGCAAUCGCUGAUGCUUCAUACAAGUUCCUGUACGUAGACGUGGGUGCCAUUGGGUCAGAGUCAGACGUUGGUGUAUUUGUCCAAACCUAUCUGGGUGAAAUGCUGUUGAAACAGGAAGCAAAUCUUUCCCAACCUGAGGCCCUGCUAGGUCAAGCAAAGGGAUCUCCUUUAGACUAUUUCCUAGUUGGUGAUGAUGCCCUCCCUCUGUGGAAUUAUCUUAAGAAACCCUUCCCCCAAAGAGCCUUUCCAAGGAGGAACACAUUAUACAACUCCAGGUUAAGUAGGGUACGCAGGACAGUGGAGAACACCUUCAGGAUUCUGGCAAAAAAAUUCCAAGUAUUCCACACUGCAAUAUGUCUGAAGCCCGACUGUGUAAAGACAUUAGUGUUGGCCACAUGUAUUCUGCACAAUAUUAUAAUAAGAAAAAGUGCACGCAGACAGGAAGGAGAUCAGGAGCUCCCCACCAAACAUGCCAUCAUACCUGGUAGCUGGAGGAGUGACCUGUGCUUAAUAGCAGCCCUUCCAACCGUGAUCAUCAACACUGCAACCAGGGAUGCAAAGGAACAACGGAACAUACUGAAAGAAUAUUUUUCAUCGCCAUAA